ACUAGAUUUUGAUUAUAAUGGUAAUUCACCAUUACAUAUAGCAUGUAAAUAUGGUCACAAAACACUUUCUGAAAUGUUUUUGAAUGCUAUGAUUGAAGCUGAACCUGAUUCACUAGAAUAUCUUUUAAAACAAAACAGCAAAUCAAACACUAUGGGUGGUACAGCAUUACAUGAAGCUACAAUGAACGGUCACACCGACAUUUUGAAAUCGAUAAUUCAGACAAUAAAACUAAGCCCUGUUAAAGAAAUUAAAAAAUUUCUUGAUUAUAAAUGUAAAAAUAAUGAUGGACAAACACUUUUACACAUGGCUUGUGCGAAAGGUCAUAUGGAAAUAGUUAAAUAUUUAAUAGAAGACGAAUGUGCGGAUGUUAAUUCAUUUGAUAAUAAACGUGUUACACCCAUUUAUUUGGCAUGUGAAAACGGAUGUUUACCAGUUGUUAAAAAUUUAUUAGAUUACACAAAUGCUGAUGCAACUAUUCGUAAUGCAAGAAGUUAUAAUUGCUUAGAUAUAUCAAUAGAAAGUCAUUAG